GGCCAGAGUUCUCAAGUUGGAAUUCCGAGUUGAAUGACUGUUCAAAAUGAUUUUUCCCAGUCAUUGCUAGUUUUUUUUCCUGCAAGUUCCCAGUUGUCUUGAACACACUGAAGUUGGAAGUCUGAGAUUUCUGAGUGCCCAGUUGUUUUGAAUGUGGCAUUAGCAGUUGGGUCUGUAUAUAAACCCUGGCUUGCUGUUGCUAUGUAUUGGACAAUGAGAGAGGCUUUGAAAGCACCGGUUAGCCAUAUUGGCACUCCUCAGAAGAAGCAGUCCUUCAUAGGAAUUAAUUGAAUUCUACAGUAUUUUAAUUAAAUAGUUCAAGGACAAAAUGACAUGUAUGUAACUCAGAAAAUAUAAUUUAAAAGUAUGCAUUAAGGUGUCUGUAAUAGAAUAAACAUGGCAAAACAAAUGUAGAUAAUUAAUUAAUUAAUUUCUAUAGCUUCCAUUUUUUACAAUGGUGGUGGAGUGACAAGAUGGUCUGGUCUGCUCAGCUAGUUAAUUGACUAUACAGCAUAUGAAACAGGGGGGGAAAAAGCGAGUGAGAUGUUUUGCUUGCUCUUCCAUCUCUAGUGACGCUACGGGAUGUGUUCGAGAGCAUCCCAUCUGCGCAGUGCUGCGCAAGAGUUUGACAUCAUAAACGAUCUCUGUUUGCAUUGUGCAGUGUUAUAAGUUGUAGGUUUAAGGCAGCCCCACAUCCCUUUCACUUCUUGUAAGAAAACUGCAUAUUGCACUACACUCAGAACAACUUUCCGGCGUCACAUUUUACCUCGCCUCUCAAGAUGACGACUCCUCAGUAUGACCUGUCAAACACGCUCCCUCCCCACACACUGACCCGGCUGGCACGGGAGUGGCUGGCAGAGGACACACCAAACUUUGACCCUGCAGGGCUGUGUGUGGGAUCACAUGAGGUCGAGGCCAGGUUGCUGUGCAAAACGCCGUGCAGCGUGCUGGCGGGCAGGCCUUUCUUCACUGCGGUCUUCACUGAGCUCAGCUGCACUGUGGAAUGGGCACACAAAGAGGGAGCACAGCUGGGUCCGGAUGCAGUGGCCCAGACUGCUGUGGUCAGAGGCCCAGCAAGGUGCGUCCUCCUCGGGGAGAGACCGGCCCUCAACUGCCUGGCCCGGGCCUCGGGGAUAGCCACCCGCUGCUCCCAGCUACAGAGCGUCGCCAGGGAGGCAGGCUGGCAUGGCCAUGUGGCUGGCACGCGUAAAACCACCCCUGGGUUCCGGCUGGUGGAGAAGUAUGCCAUGCUGGUGGGCGGCGUGUCCAUGCACAGACAGGACCUGAGUGGGAUGGUGAUGCUGAAAGACAAUCAUAUAUGGGCAUCAGGGAGCAUCACACAGGCGGUGAAGGACGCCCGCUCGGUGUGUGGCUUCAGCAGUAAGAUCGAGGUGGAGUGCGGCAGCCGGGAGGAGGGCAGUGAGGCGGCCACGGCAGGCGCCGACAUCGUCAUGCUGGACAACUUUAAGCCACAGGAACUCCACGCGGCAGCCCAGCUUCUGAAGGAGGAGUUCCCGUCUGUGCUAAUCGAGGCCAGUGGAGGGGUGACCCCAGACUCCCUGCCCCAGUAUCUCUCCCCCCAUGUGGACAUCAUCUCUCUGGGCUGCAUCACCCAGGGCUGCCCCGUGGUAGACUUCUCCCUCAAGGUUCAAAAGCCGGUUGCCUUUCCAAUAAUUUUCGAAUCACAGUAACUGUGGCAAUUCAGGAUUUUUGUUAAUAAAGUGAAAAUAAAAAGCAACGGUCAAUUUCCUCACUUUUGAUCCUGGAGAUGAUCAAGAGAAGAAAUCAAAUCCAGGAAUGUUACAUGAGAUUUAAAACUGACAGUCAGAGAUGGUGACUGUAUCAUUUCUAUGAUGCGUACAACUAAUUUAGAAAUCAUUAUUAAAACUGUGAAGUAAGA